CUCUGCCUCUCUCCUCAAAUUUUGUUAUAAUUCACCAAUCAUCCUGUUUACUCUAUUUAUCCUUUUAUUUUUCUAUUUAUUAUUUUUAUUAUACAUAUAUAUAUAUAACUCAGUAAUAAAAAUAAAUAAAUAAAACCGUCUUUCAUUUUCUCUAUACGCAGUGUGAGAGAACUUCAUUUUGACUUGCCUUUCCAUUUCAAUGCAGAUUUUUCACUCUACAAAUCCCUUUCUCUGAUUGAACUUGCUUCUGUUUUUUGCAUUUCAAAAGGAGGAAAAUUUAGAAGGAAAAAAAAAAAAAGAGGGAAUGGGUUGUGCUGGAUCGUCACAGGCUGAAGGAGAUGGGGCUGUGAAGAAGAUUCAGAAGCCAAAACCUUGGAAGCAUCCUCAGCCUAUAACAAAGUCUCAGCUUUUACAGAUGCGUGAUGAGUUUUGGGAUACUGCUCCUCACUAUGGCGGAAGGAAAGAGAUUUGGGAUGCUCUUCGUGCUGCUGCUGAAGCUAACCUAACCCUUGCGCAAGCUAUUGUGGAUAGUGCUGGUGUAAUUGUUCAAAAUGCUGAUUUGACAAUAUGCUAUGAUGAAAGAGGUGCAAAAUAUGAACUUCCCAAGUAUGUUUUGAGCGAGCCAACCAACUUAAUCCGGGACAGUUGAAAACAGGAAACCAAUUAGCAGCAUUGUGCACAGAUUGAAUGUAAAUCAUGUAUAUUAUUUCCUAUCAUACCUCUUAUAAAGGUUGGUCAUUUUAUUUGCACUUGGACUUUAUCUGUUCUGCUGUAAAGUUCUGUUGUCAACUAAACAAGAGCACAGCAAUUGUUUGGAUUUAUUGAAAAAAAAAAAAUCUAUAAAGCCUUAUUUGGUUCAAAA